AUGAAAAAAGAAGAAGACAAAGAAGAAGAAGAAGAAGAAGACUUUGACGACGCGGUUUCCGAAUUAUCUUUCCAGGAUAUUGAUGAUGAAGAAGAAGACCAAGAAGAGAGAGGAAAAGCAGCGGUGAAGAAAAGCGUCAAAAACGAGGACGAGGACGACCACCGGAGAGGUCGUGGAAAAAAUUUUGAUGAGUCUUCGAACGUGUCCAAUAUCGAAGAAGAAGACAAAGAAGAAGAAAAAACAAGACGACGAGGAGGAGGAGGAAACAAAGCUUCCACCUCGAAUGCGAACACUACUACUACGACCACCAAUAAUACUUUCUCGGAACAGUUUCCGUUUCACAAGGCGUGCUUUGAGAACGACCGGGAAACCGUGAAGGACUUUCUAGUCACCGCGGAGAGGUUGAAAACGAGUUCGUCGAGCGAGGGCAAAAAUAGGAACCGUCGUCGAGAAGAAGAAGAAGAACAAGAAGAAAAAUACGAUUUUGAUUUACUCAACUCGUUCGAUUCGAGAGGUAAUACCGCAUUACAUCUGGCAAUCAUGAGGAAAAACACGGAUAUUGUGAAAAUUUUAACCGAACAUCCUCUCGUUGAUGUGAACGUGAGAAACUGCGUACACGGAUGGAAACCAUUGGACGAAGCGAUACACGUGAAGGACAGACAGGCGGCGAUUUACAUCCUAACCGCGAAGAAAAGGAAAGCGAAGGAAAGUUUGGAUACGAACACGCCGAAAUUGAUGCAACGAUUGAUGGAUGCGCCGGACUUUACCGCAAAGUUGAAGUGGGAGUUGAAUUCUCCAAUAUUUGGACCGAUUUUGAGAAGAGUCGCGCCGAGCGAUACGUACACGCUGACAAAAAUCGGAACCAGAGUACGAAUAGAUGGGGAGCUGAGAGGAAUAGAGGACGUAGAAGGGCAAAGCUUAGAAGAGAAGACGACCGUGGAAGGGACUGCUCGCGAUAACAACAACGAUAAAAACAACAACAAGUACGGUGGAGAUUUCAUUACCUUGUCUGAUGUCGGGACAAACGAGAAGAAGAGCAAAAAGAACGGGAAGAAACGACGCGGUGGACUUUUACCGGUGUGGCACCGAGCGCCGUUUUCGAUCGUGUUCUUAGCGAAUCCAAAGGAGGAAGAAGAUGCAAAAACAAGCGGCGGUAACAUAAACACCGCGAUGCUUUAUUUUGACCACGAAAACAAAAAAUGCAUCGACGCUUUAGAAGAAAAUUCUUCCAAGAAAUCUUCGAAUAUUCCUCCUCCACCUCAGAGCGAUUUGCUCAAAGACAUAGCGGCGAUGACUCCAGAAGAGCUACUUGAAAACGAAGCUGAUCUCUUGUUCGUUGAAAACCCCUCGCGCGGCGUCUACGAACCGCAAGAGUAUACGUUUUCGCCGGUGGACAGCUGGGGCUCGUAUCUCGGAGUGUCCGAACGAACGAAAGAGUCAAAAAUCGAUGGAAGAUACGCAAGAGUCAUGGAAGCGAAAGGGAAAGCGAUGGAAACGAGGAAGUAUCGCUCUGGAUUUCUCCCCGCGGACGAAACGUACGACUUCGAGAGUUACGCGAGCGACGCGAAGGAGUUUCAAGACCGACCGAUUUAUCGAGACGUGACGAGAAUACGUUCGGUGGGUAAAAAACAACGAAACGAGGACGAAUAUUUCGAGUUGGACGAUAAGCGAAGGAGUAAGAACAAGAGGAAAGAGAAGAAGAAGCGUAACAGUGGUAUUAAUGGCAGCAGUAUAAAUGACGGCGGCGGCGGUGAGACUUUGGAAGACGUCGACGACGGCACGAUGGGACGGAAAAUGAGCUGCCGCGUUUGGCUCGUCGAAAAUUUCCCUCUCAAAGUGCAAGAUCUGCUCCCGGUUGUCGAAGUUGCCUCGCAAGCGAACAAGAACAUGAAACGUUUUCGAAAUUUACUCACAAACUGGGGAAGCGAACCGAGUAGGCAGAAUUACUUUCCGGUGAAGUGUUCGAUUCCAAUCGCGUACACCGUACACUUUGACGUUCUUUUACACAACUUCAAGUUGCUCGCGAAAGACGAGAGCGAUAGGUUACAGUUUCAGGAUAAAAUUUUCAACACUCCGGACGGGUACGAUUUAAAAGGAUUAGACGAAGCUGUUAAAGAAUUAGAAGAUAAAUUAGAUAAGCUGGAAGCGACGGCUAUGGCUGAGGAGGAGCGCGAACGAGCGUUAAUGGAAGAAGAAGAAGAAGAAGAAGAAGAAGAAGAAGAAGAAUCAGAGGAGGAGGAUUUUUAG